AUGCACAACCUCGUGAAUGAAGCAGAGGCCGAGUAUAGGCAACUUAGCGAGAAGCCACACGGGCCAGUUGUGACGGAGCUUCGCACCAGCGACUUUGAUUUCCUCACAUCGCCGGAGAUGCCGGAGAUUCCCAUUCACAUCAUUGAGACGGGGCGAGAGGAGCAGCGCCGCAACGGCACAGUGGACCGCGACACGUCGCUCUCGGAAUUCAUUAAGACGAUCGGCGUUGACGAGGCUGACACCGAGGACCCUGUGAAUGGGUACAGCGUCCUGCACGUCAAGGAGUCGACGCGCGCCUACUUUGGCGAGCAGGUGGCGUAUCGCCUCACCCGGCAGAACAUGAUCCGCUACACCGAAGACACGGAGUGGCUAAAAUGCAUGACUUUCCUUGAUGGACAGACGGCCGACGAGUGCGAGCGGCAGCGCUCCGUAGGCCGGAACGCGCAAAUGCCGUCGGGAGAGGAGGUGAUAGUGCCCGUUACGACGUACCGGCAAGCGUUCUUUGCGAAGAAGUCCAAGAAAGUGACCGAGUAG